UCAUAGUAUUUGUGCAACUGUGCUGGGCUGAAGCUAAAAUCGUUUUUGCAGAGAUCCAAAACAUCGUUAUACCUAUUUACGUUAGUGCAGAAUUUUAUUUUUCAAAAGGAGAAUAGUUACAAAUUAUUAGUCUUGUUAAUAAUCUAAUAUCAAUAGUUUCAUUAAAUGUGUCGAGUGUGGAAAAUUUUGUCAAAAUGAAAGUCACCGUAAAAAGUUGGAUGGGAGUUGCCGUCUGGAAAUGGCUCGCGAACGAUGACAACUGCGGAAUCUGUCGGAUGGCCUUUGAGGGCUGCUGUCCGGAUUGUUCGCUGCCUGGCGAUGAUUGUCCGUUAGUUUGGGGUGCCUGUUCGCAUUGUUUUCACAUGCACUGCAUCGUCAAGUGGCUCAACUCCCAGGCAAACCAGCAGUGCCCGAUGUGCCGGCAGACAUGGAAAUUCAAUGAAAAGUAAAAAUAGCGAAUAAGCGGGUAGUGGCAGGGAGCACACCACCGGGUUUGAAUUGGGAGAAUAUUACACAACGUGAUUGAAGGACACAAUCCAUCCGAACAGUAUUACCUUGAGAGUAAUAGCAGAUCAAGUGUUGGUACAGAACUAUAUUGAAUCAGAACAAGAAGUGUAAAACGGUGAAUUAUUUCUUGCCGUGGGUGGACCAAGUGGAGCGUUUGGUCGUUUACAGUUUUAAGUAAGUGCAGAGAGUGCUUGUUGUGUUAUUUCAGUGGUGUCGAUUGAAGUGUGUGGCAUUACUCGCCGCAAUUGCGAAAAACAAAACAUGAUGUUGUGGAUGCUAGCUCUAUGAUGGUUCUAAUGGAAAUACAACCGGAUACACAGUGUCUACGGAGCUGCUAAAGUUGACCAAUUGUGUGAAGCGUCCAUAUUGAAAAUAGGAAGCCU